CCAUCACCACCACGGCCUCCAGCCCCCCCGCAGCCGGACCCCAGCCCCUGCAGGCCGGAGCCGGAGGAGGAAGCAGCGGCUGCUGGACGAAGCAAGUCGCCUGCAGGUAUUUCAUGCAUGGCGUUUGCAAGGAAGGGGACAACUGUCGUUACUCCCAUGACCUCUACACUAGCCAGUCUGCUAUGGUGUGCAGGUAUUUUCAGCGAGGAUGCUGUGCUUAUGGAGAUCGUUGCAGAUAUGAACAUACCAAGCCAUUGAAAAGGGACGAAGUGACUACUGCAAGUCCAGCUGCAAAAACAUAUCCUUCAGCUUCCACAGAUGUGACCCCACCCCCUGGAACACUUGAAGCGAGCACCGGUGAGACCGAAGUUGAAGACAAAGACCUGGCAGCUGCAGGAGGAGGAGCCGAAGAUUGGGUGAAUGCUGUGGAGUUUGUUCCCGGUCAGCCGUAUUGUGGCCGUGCUGCUCCGUCCUGCACUGAAGCCCCCUUGCAGGGAAUGGUAAUUGAAGAAGAAUACGAGAAGCAGCAAACAAACCUGGAGAUGAAGAAACAACUUUGCCCUUACGCCGCUGUAGGGGAAUGCCGUUACGGAGAAAACUGCGUUUAUAUCCACGGUGACGUUUGUGACAUGUGCGGCCUGCAGGUCCUCCAUCCUGCUGAUGCCGCCCAGCGCUCUUUGCACAUAAAGUCUUGCAUCGAGGCUCACGAGAAGGACAUGGAGCUCUCGUUCGCCGUCCAGCGUAGCAAAGACAUGGUGUGCGGGAUCUGCAUGGAGGUGGUGUACGAGAAAGCCAACCCCAGCGAGCGCCGUUUUGGGAUCCUCUCCAACUGCAACCACACUUACUGUCUGAAGUGCAUCCGCAAGUGGAGGAGCGCUAAGCAAUUUGAGAGCAAGAUUAUAAAGUCCUGCCCAGAAUGUCGGAUCACAUCUAACUUUGUCAUUCCAAGUGAGUACUGGGUGGAGGAGAAGGAAGAGAAGCAGAAACUCAUUCAGAAAUACAAGGAAGCAAUGAGCAACAAGCCAUGCAGGUAUUUUGAUGAAGGCCGUGGGAGCUGCCCAUUUGGAGGGAACUGUUUUUACAAACACGCAUACCCCGAUGGCCGCCGAGAAGAACCCCAGAGGCAGAAAGUGGGAACUUCAAGUAGAUACAGAGCCCAGCGGAGAAACCGGUUUUGGGAGUUCAUUGAGGAGCGGGAGGGCAGUGAUCCCUUUGAGAACGACGAGGACGAGGUGGUGACCUUUGAGCUGGGCGAAAUGCUUCUCAUGCUGUUGGCGGCGGGGGGCGAGGACGACCUGACAGACUCCGAGGACGAGUGGGACUUGUUUCACGACGAGCUAGAAGACUAUUACGACCUGGAUCUAUAGCACCCCUCUGUGGAGUUUGGACCGGCAGCUCAAUUUUUUCAGGCAGUAGCUCUUUUCCUGUGGUGUUGUGGCAGUGCCUGUGUUUUUCUCCUAGGCAGGCCUAUCCAUUCCAGGUGCUGCUGUUGUGAUAAACUUACCCCGGGGGUCUGUCUCCUCCUC